GCGCACUGGUGGUUCCAAAAUGAACCCCUCUUUUGAAAAGUCUUCUUCAAAGCACCCCUUAAGUCUGCAGGGUUCAAAAACAAACAGAUGACGGUGUAUAGGUUCUUAUAUUAACGGGCUCAGAGGGACUUCACGCACUCAAGAAGGCUCAACCAAUCACCCUACCCUACAUCGCGUGCUUUACACACCAGGAACAGGAAGUGAUGGACUGUUAUGAAGAGUGAGUUUUGGAAUACAGUCACGGUUCGGAAGGUGCUUCUUCAAACAUGUAUAUCUUCCAGGUGGCUGCGUUAUUGAUAGCGUUGCUAUAUUAUGGCAAUGCUCAAACGUCUACUGUCGCUGUGAACCACACCAUCCUGGGUUCAGAGCUGAGCGCAGACGGAUUGAAGCAGCUCGCUGCGAUAGUGGCGCCACAGUCGCCGGUGUUUCACCCUAGCCGCGGUUCCUAUUUUUCUCUCAAUCUGUUGUCGGCGUUUCCAGAAGAUCUGGAGGUCAGCGAUUACUGCGUCGAGCUGCUGGCUAUCUUUGGGCAGCGGUAUUCAACAUAUGUAAAUUGUUUGGUGUCCGCCGCGCGUCCUGUCAAAGUGUGCCAAAAUUGUUAUGGUUCCUACGACAACCUUAUGGACAUUUACACAAACAUAUCAUCAGACCAGAUGGGCCCAGGGAAUGUGAGCUGCAGAGACAGCCUCCUGCGUUCUGAUAGGCUGAUGUUGGUGUUCCUGCUCUACAACAACCUGGAGGACAUCUGGACUGGUUCAGAAUGUAACAGUUGUGUAAGCCUGGGACUCCACAGCCUGACCAAUGACACCCUUUACUUCAUGGCCACUCUCAACCAGUCCCUCAGAUGUUUUGAGAAGUUCCAACAGGGGAACCACUCAGCGCUAUGUAAGGAGUGCAAGGCCACAUACAGAGGACUGAAUGAGCUGUACAGCCGCAUGGAGAAGAAUCGCACACUCUGCAUAGACAUCGAGGACUCUAUGAAUAUGACCCGCAGACUGUGGAGCAAGAAUUUCAAUUGUUCCUUCCCCCGGGCAGAGAAUGUUCCUGUCAUUGCCGUGUCUAGCUUCAUGCUCUUUCUGCCCAUCAUCUUCUACUUGAGCAGUUUCCUUCACUCGGAACAAAAGAAACGCAAGCUCAUACACCCCAAACGAGCCAAGUCUAACACCAGCCUCGUGAACAUCCAGGACAGGUUAAGCUGAGGAGAGAGAAGGAUAAGGAAGAAAGCAUUAUGAUGAAGAAAUGGAAGAGGAUGAGGAGGAAUGUUCCUUUGGUUUGUCCAAAACCUCUCCUGUAUGCAAAUGUCAUUUCUUCUGUGACUGUGGUUUCAACCAGUUCUGUAAUGACAGAGAAGUCAAAAAGAGGGCGAGAAGGAUGCCAAUCAUCAGUAUUUUUUUUCCUAAGAUAUUUCCUAAGAUAUUAUAGCAAACGGAAACAGAAUAUUUGUAACAGAAGAUUAGUUAUAAUUGCACUGUUCAUGUCCCGCUUUGAACCGCCUACCCCCACCCCACCCAUUGCUUCUACAACAAACAAUAGAAAUGCACCAUGACCUGCUGCUGAUUUAAAAGCAAUGGGGAGUUAGUCCAUUUUUUUGUAUUUAAUUAUGUGUCAAGAGAUGAGAAAUUGAUUUUUGUCUCUACUGUAAUGCCGCUGUGACACAGACUGGCAGACAGAAAGCACUUGAUGUCUCUUAGAUGUGACAUAUACCUACCGUGUAAAAGUGGAUGACAGCUGAGGUCCAAAAUUAUUGGUCACAUUUGGGAAAGAUGAGCAAAAAAGACUAUCAAAUAAUACAAAUGUUCUGUAUUGCAUGCAAACAAAUAUAUAAAUGAUAUUCAUUUACUAAUACAAUUGCUCAGAGAAAAUAAUUGGCACCCCUGUUUUCACUACUCCAUCACCCUUCCCUUACAUGUGAGCAAAGCUCUCUUUUUUCAUGUCAUCCAACAAAUUUAAACGCCUGGAGCUUGCUAAAUGGCAUUUGCACUUGGAUUGGAACUGGUGCUAUGGUCAGAUGACAUGAAAAUCGAGCUCUUUGGCCACUCAUACCAGUGGAAUGUUUUGCAUCAGAAGAAAGAUGCUUCUGCAGAAAAUAAACCCCUCUACUGUAAAAUAUAGUGGAUCUUUGUUAUGGGGCUUCCACUGGUCCUGGGGCCCUGGUUAAGGUCAAUGGUAUCAUGAACUUUACGUAGUACCAGAACAUUUUCGCCAGGAGGCUGAAACUUGGCCACAAAUAGACCUGCUAGCAAGACAAUAUCCCCAAGCACAUAUCAAAAUCCACAAAGAAAUGGUUAAUUGGCCAUAAAAUCGCUCUCUGGACUUGAAAGCCAUUUAAAACCUGUAGUUCGCAUUGAAGAGGACAAAGACGAAGGAUAUCAGGGAUCUGAAAAGAUUAUGUAUGAAGGAAUGGUCUGAACAAAUCAAUGUUUUUUGGUCACGUACACAGUUUAGCAAAUGUUAUAGCGGGUGCAGCAAAAUGCUUAUGUUACUAGCUCCUAACCAUGCAGUAAAAUGUCAAAUGGGUGGGUCAAUGACGGAUAAGGUUUUAAAAAUGUGUUAAUGCUUAUUAAAGUUAUUUCUACCUUCA